AUGUUAGAAGAAACAAUUCAAACUAUAAAUCAGUUUGAAGAAGAAGUAUUCUCACAAGCAGAAUCAAGUAGUAAAAAAGGAAAACAAGUAAAAAUACUAAGUAGAUCACCAAGUAGAUCUCUAACAAUACGACCAAGAACUAUAAUAAGACAAAAGCUAACAAACUGGGAACAAAUACUAAAAAAAGAAAUAUUAAAAAUAAAAGAAAAAAUAACAGGUGUAACUCAUAGAAAAGCUCAUGAAUCACGAAGAGAAUAUAUAUUUGAUUUUCUAAAUGAAAUAUCAAAUAAAAAUGAUGCAUCUAUAUUUGCAUUAAGAGGAGCUAUUAACAAUAUGCUUGAAGAAUAUGAAAGAGAUACUAAUCCAGCAAUUACUAUUACAGGUGAUCAAUUCAAAGCAAUGCCAGAAUGGAACCAAAGAGAAGUAUUAAAUGAAUUAUUAUUAGAAGCAAAUAAUGCACAAAAUGAAGAAGCCAGAAGAGCAAUACAAGAUAAAUACAGAAACUUGCUUGCAAUACAAUUAAAAACAAAGGAAUUACCCAAAACAGGAUAUAGAAAAGAAUAUCAAUAUCCUGGAUUUCCAAGAUCACUACCAAAAUUACCAACAGAUUCUGAUAAAUCAUCAACUAAUCAAACAAUUAAUAGUAGUGCUUUUGAAAGAAAAAGAUGGAUACUAUCAAUAACUAAAAGAUUAAGAUCUUUAUCUCCCACAGAAGGAUGA